AUGGAUCAUCAGACAGAAGUUUGUAAUAGAUUUAUAUAUGUGGCACCAAUGGAUCAUCAGACAGAAGUUUGUAAUUCUCAGAGAUUUAUAUAUGUGGCACCAAUGGAUCAUCAGACAGAAGUUUGUAAUUCUCAGAGAUUUAUAUAUGUGGCACCAAUGGAUCAUCAGACAGAAGUUUGUAAUUCUCAGAGAUUUAUAUAUGUGGCACCAAUGGAUCAUCAGACAGAAGUUUGUAAUUCUCUGAGAUUUAUAUAUGUGGCACCAAUGGAUCAUCAGACAGAAGUUUGUAAUUCUCAGAGAUUUAUAUAUGUGGCACCAAUGGAUCAUCAGACAGAAGUUUGUAAUUCUCAGAGAUUUAUAUAUGUGGCACCAAUGGAUCAUCAGACAGAAGACUCCAGUAAUGAGGAUAUACUAGACAAUCUCUACACCCAAGAUUACGAGCCUCAGGUGUUAGCAGCUCUAUCAGCCACCACCAUGAUGCAUUUUUUUCCGUAUCCUCGCAAAGACAUGGAAUAUCCAUCCAUUAAUCUCCAAGAGGCUUUCUACUGUAGUAACACAGACUCCUCCUCUCGAUUUCUGAAACAAAAACAAGGGAAACAACUCCGCAACCAGUCAGUGACUCCAGCUAAUGUCACUCGUCUCAUGUCAAUACGUUGGCCUCAGGGUGGAGGCAGGAUAACAAUGAAUGCUGCUCACAGUCAAUUUUCAUUUAGUAACUUAGACUUUCCAGUUUCUGAAGAAGUCAUUAAGUCUAUUACAACAUUUUGUUUCCCAGAUAAUAUGAAGAUCUAUGCAACAAAGCCAGAGAGUUUUGCUCACUUUCUUGUACUGACAGAUAUGUCGGGAAACAAAAGUUAUGCUACCUGUUUGACCUUCUGUCGAUCUUUCAUUGUGGAAAAGGAUGAGCGUGGCCAUAUAUAUAUGACUCUGGACACUACAAUGGAAGCUUUGACCGCUGGUCAAUACAGGACUUUCGUCCCCCACUGUGGCAUUUUCAUCUCUAAAUUCCCUUACUUCUCCACUACAAAGGAUAUACUAUCAUACAUGACGUCCCUUAUAUCACAAAAACCUGAUGAUAUGCUGGCCUUCAUAAAGGAGAUCUCCCAUACAGUGACCUUGACUCCUGUGCCUCCUGUUGGUCCGGUGGCAGUCGAAAUAUGUCUCCACGACAAACAGCCAUUUACAAUCUAUCCCCCUGUGAAGGCAGAUAAAUCUGUGAUUGAUAUACCACUUCAUUUAGUCUUCAUCAGUUUCCAUGAGGAUCAGAUACUCCAAGUUUUGGCCGCCCUGUUUAUGGAGGAGAGGAUAGUGUUCCUAUCAUCCAGCUAUGCAUUACUGACCACUAUAUCAGAGAGCUUUCUCAACUUCUUGUUGCCUUUUCGUUGGAGAUUUACCUAUGUACCUAUACUAUCAUUGAAAGCCUUGGACUUACUAGACGCCCCCGGUACCUUUAUCAUGGGCUGUCAUCUCAAACAUCGCAGCAUUGUGGAACAGAUUGAGGGUCUAGUGGUAGUUAACAUAGACGAGGGUACAGUGAUGGUGAACUCCACAUCCAACACUUCUGAUAACCAUCAUAUACCCGCCAUACCCGAGGAACCAGCCACAUCCUUCAGGAAAGUCUGUAAGAGAGCCAGAGUGUUUUUUGAAUUGGAAGAUGUACAGAGGCCAACCUGCCACAAUGUUUCUGAGGAAAAGAAGAUUCGGGAGACCCGAAUUCGUAGAUUGAAUCGAGUGAUAGAGGAAGGAUGCCUGGAGUUGAUGGUGAAUCUCUUCAGAGGAGUAGUUUUGGAAGUGAGACCUGAACACCACAGCUUCAAUGAACAGUUGUUCUUGGAAUCUCAGGGGAAAAGCCCAGAGGAUAAACUGUUCUAUAAAAAAGUUUUGAAGAAAGACAUGUUCAAGUCCUUCCUUGAUGAUCGUCUGAAGGAGAAAACUGACUACUGGACAGAGUUUGAGAGAAAGACACGACAGUUUGUAAAACAAGCAAGCUUGGGUGAUAUCAGAGUCUCACAGGUACACCCUCGAAAACCUUUGAACAAACAAGUCUCCUUGUCAAGGAUCCAUGAAAAUCCUUAUGAGAGGCCAUUGGUGAUUGUCCGACUUCCACAGAACAAUUCUUCAUCACAAUAUCUGUCUUCUUGUAUAACCUCACUCAGCAUCUCUUUACAGUCCUGUAUGGAUUACCAGGAACGGAUAUCCUAUUUAUACCUUAUGGCAGUGUUCAAGUUUGCAGACCAUGAUCACGUUGGUGCUCUUACAGACAUUAUAACUCUAGCAGCAAUUGACUGGAAUCUUUUACCAACAUUGCUUGUUCAUGAAAUCCACAAUCUUCUCACAGCCCAAGAAAAGCUGAACCUUGAGAAGGUCAAAGGUUAUCAUAACAUCAUAGAGAAACAAAAGGAAGAAAGCCAAUCAAUGGACACCAGCACGAUUCGGCGUUACCAUAACCACAAUGAUAUCAUUAACAUCCCAGACUAUGACUUAGCUUUUGAUGUGUUCAGGAAGUAUGUAUCUCUGUAUGAGAUGACACAGGACUACGAUACCAUAUCUAGGCUGUUCCAAGCCCUCACGGGAAUGGCACGGGAAACACACCUUGACCACGAGACGUUCCAGGCAUUUUGUUUGUGCUGGCAAGAAAAUCAUGAACAGUGUAUGAAAGUGAUGGAGGAGCGCGACCUCCAGACAGAUGAGUCGGUACUCAAGGUUUCAUCACUUUGUAAGACUGACUUUGGGACAGGUCGUGUUGUAUUAACAGACAAAAGGUUGCUAUUGAUGAGGGAUGCAUCCAAGAAAUUGAAAGAAAUUGUCAAAUUACGAGACAUUCAGUUUUUGGAGAAAGUACAGCUGCACUCUUUGUUUUCUGUUGCUGAUGCCCUACGGAUACAUCGACUUGUGCCAGGCAAAGCUGAACAUGACAAGUUUACAGUGUGGCUCAAAGAUGAAAGAAACCAUUUCACACUCCUCGUCCAAGAGAUGUGGGCUGGCAAGGUCAUCUCCGAGGCAACAAAGGACAUUGUUGUUGUCCAACAAGCUGCUCAAAAUGUUCUCCUGAUUGACACAAUUAUAAGAAGUGGAGAAGAGGAGGACUGCUCUCACCAUGCUACAGUGGAGAGUUCCGCAGAAUAUCUUUGUUGUUACAUACGGGCAAUGGGGCGAGGAGAGCACUUGCUUUCUGUUACCACGAAAGAAGCGCUACAAAACAAACUUGAUCCAAACUUUAGUGAACCAGAACGUACCAGCAUACAGGCACUGCUUUAUACUCCAGGAGAUACUGAGACCCAUUUAUCUCCAAACUUUCCAUUUUCCAAUGUAGCGGUCAUUGUUCCUUCCUUGUCAUGCAUUCACUUUUCUUACUCAGCCAGUGUAAACGGCGUGAUCAUCAGAUGGUAUGUGAAGGGAUUAACUGUAGCCAAUCGUAUUGCUUUGGACAUGUCAGGAGGCGAGACAUUACGGAGACUACAAUAUGCUCAAGGAUACCUAUGGUGUGGAGUGUGGAAAGGUAUUUGGCAGAUCAGCAAAAAAGGGGAAUUGUUGGCCAAGUUUAGCUUUGAUAUUCCUAAAUCAGAUGUUACAGUUCAUCCUGUAGAGAUGGAGUGCUUCUAUAUCAUGGACAAUGACCAGAUAUGGGCAGGAUGUCGUCGCGAUGGAAACAUGGUUGUCAUGAAUACAAAGACUGGAAGGAAAGAUGUAGAAGUCAUUAAAUUGGAAUCAAGAGGAAUCAGUAUCAUGGUAAAGCUUAAAAACAGGAUGUGGGUUGGAACCAAGUCAGGGAUCAUAUAUGUUGUUGAUAUUGAGACUCGAAAGAUCAUUAAAACACUUAAGGCUCACUCUGAUGCCGUGCGUGCACUCUGUUGUGCGGAUGACCGAUAUAUCAUCAGUGGAGCUGGAAGUUCUGAUGGAAAAAUUGCAAUCUGGACUCCCACAGACACAAGAUCAGCUUCAGGACGCUUCCUAUUGGAAUAGUAAGACGUACAGGUCCAGAUUACUUCCUACUGGAAUAUUGAGACAAUAGAACAGGACAGUUGCUGCCCAGGGUGAAGCAACAUUGGUCAGCUUCUAUCUUCAACCAGCAGCAACCACCAGUUCAGUCUGUGAUAUGGUCCUACUUAUGGUGUGUUAUAAAUUUCACACAGAUUUUAGAUGAUUGCAGAAUGCUCUCUAUAUAAAUGUGUUUCAUUGUAGUAUUAUCUGAAGUAAAUAUACUGUGUAGUUUGUAAUAUUUUGGGGUGAUUUAAGUUUGCUGUAUUUGUGAACAAUAAAGAAAGUGAAAAUUUAAAAGCCCAGCAAACGUUUCUACGAUGAUUGAAAAUACCUUUGGUUGACAAGGUUUUCUGUCUCUGCGACUCCUCCCAUGUCUGGGUAUUGUCUCACCGACAAACAUAAGCAUUCUGGUGAUGUUGAGUUGAAGAUCUCAAAAUAAUAUCUGUUGGGUCUGUACAUCAUAUCAGCCCAUAGUCUAGUGCUAAAUUUGAUACUAGUGAACUAGAUCAAACCAGGAUAGUCACUAAAUAUUAGCACAGCGAAGUUAAACAACUAUAAAGUAUUGUAUGAUUGUAUUUGGAUGUUGUUUUACAGUAAUUGGGGCUGCGAUGGCUCAGUAGGUAGACUAUAGGCCUGUACCUCUAGUAAAGAUCCAAGUUCAUGGUUUAACAUUCCUUAUUAUAGCAGUUUGUGUUUCCAGGAGGGUAAGAAAUGGAAUUAUCUUUGCUGUUGAGGUUGUGUCCACGGCCCAGACACUUACUAAAUCCUUAAUAUACAGGGUGACAUGUUCUUGGGCAAUAAACACAUGGAACAACAGAUAUUGGAAUGGGAUUUCAUUUAAGUGGGUCUGUUGAUAGUAAUUAAUAAAGUGUUAAUAAAUUCAGCCUCUCCUUCUAGUUAGUUCACCUGGCCAAAACGGCCAAGUGAGCUUAUGGCAUACUGCGGGUACAGCAACGUUUCCUACAAAUCGCCACUGGUCAUGAAGGACUGAGCAGAAUUUUACCAAAUUUGAUCAGAAGCAUCCUUAGGGAAAAGGGACUCAAUUUUGUAUAAAUAGUGGGUCUGAGGGAUGGGGCCCAAAAGGGGAAAUAUAGCAGGUUCUUUGAUUUAAAUUAAGAUCCUUCUUUUUCUGUAGGAAUGAAUGGAUUUUGCCCAGUCUUGGUCUGAAGUAUUCUUAGGUGAAUGAGAAUUAAUCUUGUAUGAACGGCAGGUAUCAGCCCCCUUGGAUAGGGUGACUAGAACAAAUUCUGUAAAAUCUUUCUUCAGUAGGAAUUUGGAACUUGCUGAGGUAAAGGAGAAUUCUAUAUAAAUGGUUUGGCUGACCCCCUUAAGGGAGUUGAGGCCCAAUGUAUAAAUAGAUAUAAACCUUUAGAAUUUCUACUCCUUUAGUUUGGGUGAAGCAAUUUCAACA